AUGGCAAGCAAGCUGGCUAUUGCACAGUACAAAAAUCACACCUACACUAGUCCAAAAGGGAGGAUCCCAAACACCAGAGAGAGUCGGCGCCGGAAAAUACUCGAACGAGGAUCCGAUCGCUUGGGUUUUAUCACCGGUCACCUUCAAAACCUCCCUCCUCCUCUUUCUGACGACCAAAUCGAUACCAACCCUCCUCCGCCACCGUCGGUCUCCCACGCUCCAGAUCCACCACCCGACUUCCCAACCAAAACCGCCGCCUCUACUUCCGAGUUGCUAAACGAAAAUCAUGGUUCCAAUGCAGAUCAGAGUCAGCGCAAUGCUUAUAAUGGUGGAAUUGGUGAAGGAUCAACAUCCAACAGACAGGAUACAAGUGGUCAAGUAAAUUCACCGCCAUUUCCAUCGGAUGAUCGAAGUUCAUCGAUUACCUCAUCAGGGACGGUACAACAUUCGGAAACACGGACUCAAAAACAUUACUUUUUCACUACUAAGCAAGUAAGUUCCGCGAUUGAUGCAUCUGAGAAGGCCCGCAUUUUAUGUUCAGUAAUUGUGGCUAUUUUAGUUGUAUUGGUACGGGCGGGGUUUCCUCUUCUAGGGAACAGAUUCGUGGGGAACAUCAUUAGCAUCAGGCCACUUUACUUCAUCUUGUUGACCAAUGUAACGCUGGUGAUGGGGCGACUUCUUUACGGUGACCAUGUAAGUUCCCGGAGAGCCAUUGCAGAAGAGAACAAACCCUCUUCCACGGAGGAUGAUAAUUGGGCCGAGCAAUUAAGCAAGACGUUGGGAGGUAGGAUUGGUAGCAAAGAAGGCGAUUGA